UGCAAGGGUCAGGAAUGGAGUACCAGUGAAUCCCCAGAUCACUCGCAUUUUAUUUACUCCCUCAGUGCAUCUGCAAAAUAAAAAAUUGUGAAUGUCCCGUGAUCGUUCCGCAACCCCUGUCGCUCCCCCAGAGAAAAUUUUCUAACAUUCACGUAAUAAUCACCAGAGAGAUGAGCCCUGGAUGAAAUUGACACACCCGGACAUCCACACAGGAUAAAAAUGGAGGAAGCACGUAAGAAGGAGCACCAGCCGAAGAAGAAGAUGGAGAAUUUGAUGAAGAGUUUCAUGUUCAGAGACGUGGGCAUGGGGAGCAGCUGUAGUGCCAGCACUAGAGAAUUUGAAUCCAUCGCUGAGACUAAUUUGGUGUUGAAAGAUCAUGAAGAGAUGAAAUGCUUCGUGCCUGGAAUAGCGAGAGCAACUUUUCUCAUGGUUUUCAGUCCAGAUGGUACUAAAGUGGCUUCGACACACGGUAAUCACAACGUCUGCAUAACAGACUUGACGACUGGCAAAAACAUUCGCGUCCUUACCGGCCAUCCGCGCACCCCGUGGUGCAUCGCGUUCCACCCAACCGCAAAUAUAAUAGCGACAGGUUGUCUAGGGGGUCAAGUACGUGUUUGGGACUUAUUGGGUGGCUCCGAAGUAUGGAACGCUGAGUCCCGAACAGUUAUAGCGUCCCUCGCAUUUCACCCAGUCGAACGUCUCCUGGUUAUCGCAACGUACAACGAAAUUCACUUUUGGGAUUGGUCAGAGCCCCAGCCAUUUGCGGUGGCAUCAACACGCAAUGAGAAAGAGAAAGUACGUUACGUGGCGUUCGACAAGACCGGUAGAAAACUUAUAACGGGUAUUGGUAAUGUACUUCAUGCACAGUCCCAGUGGGACAAGCCUCCGGAGACCCCCAACAGAACUCUCCUCCGUCCUGACUACUGGUCAACAGCUGAGCGUUCAUCACCUAGCGCAUCCUCUCGUCUCUAUCAUCUUUGGAAUCAUGAUGGUAGUCGCUGGUGGCAGGGCAAUCGAGCAGAGUGGUUAUUCGGUAUGGGAAAUAUACCGGAGUCGUUCUUCACAGCUUCGAUGAAUGCCAACUUGCUCCCUGCAACAGGGGAGCGAGCAUUCGGUGAUCCCCCAUCCAAUAUAGCGCGUAGAGCAGUCAGUAAUUUAAGAUUGGUUCGUGAGAUUCCCCCGGAGAAUCCAUCACCCUCACAAUUUGAAAAUGUCACUAUUGAGGUACGACAGAACAGUUAUGCUCCUGAGGAUGCCCGUCCACCGACGGCUCGAUCCAACCAGUUCGACCGGCGGACCAAUGUUGACUUGCUCGAUGAUCUCCCUCGCCCUCUCGAUUUACCACUGCCUACACCGUCACCUGACCCCCUCCGCACCAAUCACCAUAUGAACAUUGAUAGAGAGCUCAUAAAGAAAUACUGCGCCAUUAGUAGAUACUUGUGUCAUCGAAACCUUGUACUGCAAUAUGAUUACCUGGUUAGGGUGUACUUCAGGUGGUCAUUGCGUUAUCCAAGUUCCCCAUUUGAUGGCCCCGUGAGGGCCCUAACUAGUGGGACAAUUGGACUUCUGAGGAGGGAGUUGAACGUCAUGUUUCGGCGUGUUUGGUCCAACUGGUUGGAUGUCAUGACACUCCUAAGGACCCAUCUCGGCCACAUCGGAAGACUCACGAGUAUGUCCAGAGAGGCAUUUGCAACAGCUUGUAUGAAUCAAGUGACUGGACGUCGUAGACUGAGAUAUUUGAGGGAGUGGCUGAGAUUUCAGGCAUCGCUGUGUGAUCGAGAAACUGAGGAUGGCAUCAGACGGCAAUCACUCAGGACAGCGUUGACCCAGGAGUUGUUAGCUAUUCGGGAUCUUGAGUAUGAAUUCAAUCGGGCCUGUGACAUGAGCGAAACAGUGACAGCAUUCAUAAAUCGGCACACAGCAGCCCCUAGCAAUGCUGAACCUGGACCUGCUGAGGAGAAUCCCAUGUUAUCGUCUGAUUUUUCUAAUCUUUGGGGCAGGGAAGCCUGGUCGAGAUAUACACCGACGUCUACAAGGAGACUGUCAGCGCAGAGUCCUGAAGAGAAUGAAGGGCCCUCUAGACGGCGUCGGCGAUUGAAUGAUGAUGUUGGUGUGAACUAUCUGGGUGAAAAUUCCACAGCUAGAAACUGGGUGGAGGUGAAUGACUCAUCAGCUUCUUCCGAUGAGGGCCAGACAGCCCAGGGGCCGUAUCACGGCAGUUCAAAUUUCACAGUGUCUUCGAGGUCUGCCUUUCAACCGAGUGUGAGAAGAAACAGCAUUGGACAAGCUAGCAAUCGACUUGUUACGGAUACAUCUACAGCUUGGUGGAGGUCAGAUAAUCAGAACCAGCCAUCGAGUUCUCAGUCUUCAGGUGAAACGAGAUUGAGUGAUAACACUAGACAAAUGGGAAUGAACUCAGUCGCAAGCUCGUCGAGAUUACCCCAACCUGAUGAAAUUACGGAGAGAGCGGGAGGAUCAGGUGCACCAGGACCGUCUUCAGAGUUCAGGCAAUCUUCUCAAGGUUUGACUGACCAGACACAGGAGCUCUUAUUUUCGCGUCAGGAACCGUCUAGUUCGUCUCAGUCUGCCCAAACUAGAACUCCAGAAGAAGACAAUGAUGGAAGGGCUCAGGAAGAUUCACGGAGAGAUAAUCGGAUGUCGAAGAGUAAAAUAUGGUCGGCCAUUGUCCAAAUGGUGAGAUCAAACAGGCCCUCGGCCGAAGAGAACGAGGGCGGUCCGGGUCCUUCGUCCAGCUCUCAAGACGGGCCAUCAACCUCCAGAAGCUGGCCGACAGAUCCAUUGGAGAGGUUACGUUGGAGAGGUAUAGAGUCGUUACAGCGGCGGAUGAAUGAGAGAAAGGCAUUGAGAUCCCUUAGGAUGAGAUCGAUCCUCAAUAGACCGUUUUCAGAUGAACCGGAUUUCUUCGAGAAUUUUUCGCAGAGUCUUGCGAGAAUCAGAACGGGAACUGAAGCCGCUGAGCAUAUAUCAGAAUUACGCCGACGACUUCGAUCCACAUCAGCCCUCAGAGAGCGAAGGAAUAAUAUGAAUUCUCUUCCUAACGAGACUUCUCGGAGAAUUGAAGCCUUUCACGAGCAUUUUCUGGGGAGGCUCAAUCCUGUGGUGACCACUGCAGGAUCAUCGCGAACAACACCAGCUAGAGUCUACAACUUUGACGUCACAAGACUGACGGAUGAAGAAACCCAGGAGCGACUGAAUAUAUUGAAAAACCGAAUUCGACUGCUGUCUGAAGAAUGGGGGGAUAUCUCAUCCUCAGGUACACAACGCGAUGAGACCGAUUAUCAGUAUCCAAAUGCAGUAGAUACGAUCAUAUCCAGAGCAAGUAGACGAAUGAGAAGGGUACUGCAAAGAGAAAAUCCUCCCAUCCUCAGAACACCGGUUCUAGCUGCUAGUCCGAUAGCGAGGGAUUUUCGUAAUGAUUUUCCAAUUCCCAGUUCCUCUUCGUACAAUCAAUCUCGUGAGUUUCUCAAUUCUGAAAAUGAAGGAAUGGAGGUGGACAGCUUACACAAUAUACCUGGUGAUGUGGACCGUGAGGAAGAGAUUGAAGACGAGACAAGCAGGGUUGGAGCAUCUCGAAGGGGUGCAUCGGAAGUUGAGGCAAUACGUAAUGCCGACGAAGAAGCUGUCGGAGAGCAAUCGGAGAAUGGUUACUGGUUGCUCGAAGAGAACAGCAACUCCGAUUCGAAUCAUAAUGAUGAGUCAAACGAGAGUCAGAUUGCGCGACCUCAGAGGUGGACAUCUCGAUGGAUUCGGAUAGUCCCUCCGGACAGGACACCGGACACCAUUGAGACACCAUCUCAGGAUCCACCGAGAAAUCCGGAGACUAUUGAUAGAGCACUGCUCUCACCGGUUUCUGCUAAUGCAAGUCGUUAUGAACAGCCACCACUGUUUCCAUUCAGAAGUCUUCGAGAGAAUCUCAAGAAGCGUUCGCUGGAGGCUGAUAAAUCUCAGCCAGAGCAGGGCGGCCCCAGUGAUGCUAAAAAACCUCAUCCAAGUACAUCGAGCUUCCUAGAACCUCAGACCUCACAAGUGGACAAAUCGUCGGACGAGGACUCUUCCUUGACCUCGACCACAAGCUCCGAGACAGGUUCCUCGAAUUCCGAAUCACCUAGACACUUUCUCAAAGUUCCGUCAUCCCAACCUGAGACUGCCAGCGAGCCGAGACGAAGUGAACCCGAGGAACUGGACUUCAGGGGUUGGAGAGUGCCUCGUAAUCAAUCUAAUGAUCAACCGGAGGAGCAAUUGAACAAUCUGAUCAGGGACAUCAGGUAUUAUCGAUGUCAGAGGACAAGGUGGGAGAACUGCCUCACAUUGGUCCGAGUCAGAAUGCUCCACAACUCAGAGGAGAGCCCUCAGGGUUCGAGUGGCUGGACAAAACCCAGAUGGAGCAACGAAGGCACUUCCAAUCAACCAUGCACAUCUCAAGACGCACCAGGCUUUUCUCGGUCAAACCCGACACAGCGUCUCAGACACGCCAAGAUAUAUGAAGCUCUGUUCCACAUAAUCCCUGAAGAAUCAGAUUUGGAACGGCAAUUCUUUCGCAAUUUCCUGUACCACUCGCAUCCCAUCAACGAUAGAAUGCGCUCGCGCUCUCCCAAUCCCAGCAGUGAUCACACCUAUUCGAAUCUACCUAGUAACGAAGAAGAGGAACUUCUCAAUCCAGCUAGUGUUGCACCUAGGAUCAUGUCAAAGUGGAAUGAGGAUAUUUGGAUAAGAAGGGAGCGAGGCUCGUCCGACGAGGACGACUCGAGCUCCGAUGACGAUGCAGAGCCCAAUCAGAGGUACUUGGGAAUGAACAAGUACAGGGAGAUUGUGUGCAGUGCUAGGAUUGUUCAGUCGAAGCUCCCAACAGCUCAGAAUCAUCUCUCUCGACAGAUUAGUGACCUCUCGACGCUUCUUAUUCAGCAUUACGAUGCACUUCCCAAUGAUGGAAGGAUCGUAUCGAGAAACGAACGAAAGGGAGAAACCAGUAGCGAACAAAUGUCACACGAAAAUCGAGUGAUACUUCACAAUUCAGCGAGACAGAGGCUUGAGGCUGCCUGGAGUUUAUUGUCAGAGAGACACUUGACGCGGGACGUCAGGAGGAUAGACGCAGUAGAGCUGAGAUGUAUCCUCGUUCUUGUUCGUCAGGCACUGGAGCUCAUUGAUUUACUGACAGCUCAGACAUUGAUAUUUUUCUCGGAGCAGCAAGAGAACAUAUGGCAGAACAGUCAAAGCUCGACGAUUACACCGAGAGAGGAGAAUGACAUGAGCGAUCUGGAGGAUCUUACCCAGAUUGGGCAGAUGGUCGAUGGUCCCUCCAGCUCAGGGCAAUCUACCUCACAUGGUGUUACAUCGAAUCCUUCGACCUCUUCGGGAAGUCAAGAAAGCACUUCGAGAUCGUCAAGUGCUGAUUUCACCAUGAAGUGUCAGGUGAUGGCUGAGAGAAUUCAGAGUCAGGUGAAUGCGAGGGUUUUUGAUAUGGCGAUGAGUCGGAGAUGGCUGCGGAAGCUGGAGGAGACUCUCAGGCGAGAGCACCUAGAGCCCAGUGCUUUUUUAAUUGCUAAAGCGAAAUUGAUGAAGAUCAGGUCGAUACUGGGACUUGUGGGAUCAUCGAGAUUUGGAGUGUUGCAGCGGAGAACGGGUCAGAGAUCGGGGGAACCUGGAAUCUCUGGUGAAACGAGAGAUGAUCAGAAUGGUGAUAAUAGAGAGAAUACGGAUAGCAGAGACACAUCGAGAUCUUUCAAUGUUCCUGUUGUUCAGGUCAACAAUGUUCCUGUCAGUGAUUUCAAUAAUUUGAAUGCCAGGGGUAGUCAGCCAAGAAGUCCGGUCAGUUCUUUUAAUGCUAUGAGAAUAUUAAAUGAACUGACGACAGCUACUAGUCACCGAAUGACUCUCUCUCUAUCCAGUCACUCAUCUGGGUCUAACGUCACUGUUGUCAAUAAUCCCGAGGGUGAGAGGAUACUUGGCUUGCGGGAGAGAACCCGCCCGAGGUCCUGGAUGCCACAGAUCAGCUGGGGGAGUUUGUUUCAUCCGAGACAGCCUGGACAUCCUGGACAUCCUGGACAUUCUGCUCAUGUUGCUGCUGCUGGAAUGGCAGCUGGUGCUGCUGGAGCACCUGGACCUGAUCCUGGAAAUGAUGACUCGGAUGAGAUUGAGAUAAGGGAUCAGGUGCCCAUUACCAUGGCACUGCAUGCACUCGAGAUUCAGAGCUAUAGGGUACAAGCUUGGGAUUUUUCAAAUGCCGAAAUACCGGAUGUCACUGAUCCUGAGAAAAAUGUUGUCGUGAAGGAGUGCAAGAUUCACAAUGAUGCCAGUAUCGAUAUAUCGUCCGACGGAAAAUAUCUAGCUGCUUUACUGCCUUCUGGGCGGAUCAAUGUUACUACUACUCUAGGUGUUUAUAGUCUCCAGUGGGAAACUUUGGGUAAACGCAUUUACUCGACUAAAGUCGAUCAGACUGUUGUAUCGCUUUCAAUGUCACCGACUCGUCAGCAUUUGCUCGUUGGACUUGCAUCACGCCGAGUUCAUGCACCAUCCAGGCCAUUUCCAAUGGCACUCAUUUAUAAAUUUGUUGAUCAACGUGGUGAUGAGGAGGAGAAGGAGAAGGAUACGUCUUAUGGAUCGAAUCACGAUCCGAGGCUGUAUUUGGUCGACAGGAGGAACCGUGAAUUGAUCUAUAAUCUCGAGAGUGAACUGAAUAAUUAUAUCAAUAAUUCUAUUAAUAGGGGUAGAGGGGAGGGGGAGGUGAAGGAUUGUAAGAAGACAAUGGUGCUGUUGAGGGAGUUACAACAGGCUAAUCGGGAUACUGCCGGUCAUGUUAGUCUUAAUUGCAUCAGGUGGGCACCACAGCCCGGUCAGGGCAUGGUUUAUGCCACAAAUACUGGACUAUUGAAUAUUCUUCGUUGAUUUGCUCGUUCUCUGGGUACAAACAUCAGUUUUUUCAGGUGUUUAUUAUAUUUUCUUUUAUUCUGCUCUUCGCGCGCUUGAGGGGGAAUUAAUCUUUGAUUUUUAACUCAGUUCGAAAAUUAAUUGACUUGUAGGAUAAUCAAUUAAUCUACGCGCUUGAAGACAACGUUUUUUUUUCUGGUUUUUAUUUUUUUCUUUGGGAUUUUUUUUCGCCAGUGAAGACUUUGUGAUAUUGGGAGUAUCAAUUUCUGAAUGAAUUUGUGGGUUUCAUCGACUUUUUCUUUUUUUUGUUUUUUCAUUUUUUUAGUUUUAUUUUCUUGUGAUUUUGGAGGCUGAGGGGCUUGUGAUUGAUUUUAGGGGACAGAAUUACGGAUUGUUUUGACUUGUGGGGAGAAAUGGAGUGAUGGGGAGGCGAUGGAGGUGGAAAACUGAUGUUUUUACUCGUCAACUUGAUCCAAAAAUAAUCAAAUAGUAGAGUGUAAGUGAUGAGGAGGAUUCGGGGCAGGAAUGGGACGGCGAAAGUUUGAGUACCGUAACGGUUCCAGUAAUAUAUAUCCAAUAUGUAAGUCGUCAUUGUUUUUCUUUUAUUAUUUUCAUGAUAUAUCAAACAAUAUAUUAAACAUACGUUUGUCUAUAAGCUAUCCAGUGCUCAUUCUAAUGAUUAACGAAAAUGUACGCCACCUGGCUAAAUGUAAUGACUUGAAUAAUUAAAUAAUUACUGGAGAAUCAAAAAUUAAAUAACAAUCGAUAGGUUA